GGGCCGAAGUUUUUAUUUGCGAGGCGUGUUAAUAAAAAUGAAGAGAAGUCCAGUAAGGGUGAGUAAUGAGGAUGGGUACGGUGGGCGGAGGCGGUAGUCCAUGGGCGAUGAGGGCGUCGGUGUCAGCAUCGGGUAGACGAAUACAAAAAGACCUGGCUGAGCUCAACGAUCUCUCCCUCUGCUCUGCCGGACCCAAAGGCGAUAAUCUGUAUCAGUGGACUUCUACCAUUUUGGGUCCUCAAGGUUCACCAUAUUAUGGUGGAGUUUUUUUUCUUGACAUCACAUUUCCAAGUGAUUACCCUUUCAAACCUCCAAAGGUGGUGUUUAGAACUCGAAUUUACCAUUGCAGCAUUGACUCAAGCGGCCAAAUUUGUUUGGACAUAUUGAAGGAUAAAUGGAGUCCCACCUUAACAAUAUCCAAAGUGUUGCUUUCAAUUAGUUCCCUGUUAACUGAUAUCAAUCCAUAUGAAUAUCUUGUGCCAAGCAUUGCUCAUCAAUAUGUGACUGAUCGAGCAGAACAUGACAGAAUAGCUGCAGAGUGGACAAGGCGAUUUGCACCAUGACUAAUUGCUUCCAUACAUAGGUCGCCAGCACAUGACUAAUUCCUUUGGAUAUUUUGUAAUAUAUGUUCAAAACACUAACUGUUUGCUGCUGAAAAUAAAUUUUCUCCAUGCAAAGGAUGAAACAAACAAGGGAUCUUUCAUUAACAUGCAUUAUUAUGUUUGAUGCUUGUUAACCGGGUGUUGAGAGACUUAAUCUAGUCACAUUCUUUUUGUGGAAGUUAAUCUUUAGGAAUAUAUUUGAACAAAGACUGAUUGCGUCUAGUGGGAUCAAGUGGUAGAUAUAUAUAACCUCAACAUGCUUUCAGCAUGUGUGUAUACUUGUAAAUUUUUCCUCAAAUCAUUUUUUAUUCG